CAGCAGCUGGAGAAUGGUCGUGCCUAAGACAGGAGAUAAGGAGAAGAUACGACUGAAAUACCAUAUAUCUGAACGCAUAUGCAUUAAAAUACUUUCACUGCUACUGUCGCCGAUAAAUACUCAGGAUCUUUUCUUCUAGCUGCCCUUUAAACCAGCUUCCUUCUGAAUCGGUUGACAGAUUUCUUAUCGAAUGUUCUUGGUGAGAAGUCAGGCUAACACUUGGUUUAAUGUGGGCAGCAUUACAUUCUAUGCUGGAAAAGGAUAAUCGAUCAACAGUAUGCGACUCAAAACCAACCAAAGAAAUUAAUUCAAGCUCCCGGUCUUUGUGUGUGUGGCCCGCUCCAGUGGAGGAGGUAGACCGAGGGUAGCCGCUUGGAAGCUUCGGAGGCGAGGGGGGCGGGGGCAGGCGGCCUGAAUGGGACACGUCAGACUCCAGGGAGGGCCGGGACGGCAGCAGGAGUGAGGAUGGACAACCUUGCCGAGUUUGAGACCCACUGCCCGUCCGGCCGGGGGGAGUGGGACACCAGUAGCUGUGUGGACGACCUACUGGAGGAAGAUGAGAAAGACCGGGCAAAAAGGGCGUCGCGUAACAAAUCUGAGAAGAAGAGGCGCGACCAGUUCAAUGUCCUCAUCAAGGAGCUGUGCACCAUGCUGCAGGCCCAGGGCUACCCCCGCAAGAUGGACAAGUCCACCAUCCUGCAGCGGACCAUCCACUUCCUGCAGAAACAGAGAGAGAUCUCAGCUCAUACUGAGUCCUGUGAGAUCCGACAGGACUGGAAGCCUUCCUUCCUCAGCAACGAGGAGUUCACCCAGCUGAUGCUGGAGGCUUUAGAUGGUUUCCUCAUAGCACUUACCACGGAUGGAAACAUCAUUUACGUAUCAGACAGUGUUUCAUCGCUGACUGGCCACUUGCCGUCAGAUAUGGUGGACCAAAAUAUCCUCAACUUUCUCCCUGAACGUGAGCACGGGGAGAUCUACAAGCUGCUGUCCUCCCACAUGCUGAUGACUGACCCCAUCACUGCCGACUUCCUAGAGAAUGAGACACACAUUGAGUUCUGCUGCCACCUAGCCAGAGGGAACAUCGACCCAAAGGAACCCCCUACAUAUGAAUAUGUGAAAUUUGUUGGCGAUUUCAAGUUUCAUAACCAUGUGCCUACAUCCUCCUGCAAUGGAUUUGAACUGGCUCUACCGCGGACCCUCCAGUCUUCUCUAGAAGAACAGGUCUGCCUGGUCGCCACGGUUCGGCUCGCCACUCCACAGUUUCUAAAGGAUCUAUGUAAUAUAGAAGAUCCUUGUGAUGAAUUCACAUCCAGGCACAGUCUAGAAUGGAAGUUUCUGUUUUUAGAUCAUAGAGCUUCACCUAUUAUAGGCUACUUGCCUUUUGAGGUCUUGGGAACAUCAGGCUACGACUACUACCAUGUCGAUGACCUGGAGCUCAUAGCACAGUGUCAUAAGCAAUUAAUGCAGUUCGGGAAGGGGAAGUCCUGCUACUACCGCUUUCUCACCAAGGGCCAGCAGUGGAUAUGGCUACAGACCCAUUACUACAUCACCUACCACCAGUGGAACUCCAAGCCAGAGUUCAUUGUGUGCACACACACCGUCGUCAGUUACGCAGAGGUGCGGGCGGAGAGGCGAAGAGAGCUGGGCCUGGAGGAGACGUCGUCUGAACUCGCACCUUCGUCCUCCAUUAAGAUUGACAAGGUGUACCUGGAUAUCUGUCAGGAGGCAGCCCAGGAAAGAAUGAACGGGGCCCGGUCUGUCUCCUCCCACAGCUCCCGGAAGUCCUCCCACACUGCCAUGUCUGACUCUGCGUCAAACUCCUCCAUCAGAUACACAGAACCCAGCACCCCGUCCCGCCAGUCCAUGCCCGUGGUGCCAGAGAAGGCCCAGCCUAGGGUGCAGCCCAACAGCGCCUCCAAGACCCUGCUACAGAGUCCAACCUCCAGCAGCCUCCUCCCCCAGCCCAGCACCCCCAUCUCUCCCCCCUCCAGCCAACAGUCCUCCAUGCCUCCUCUGUACCAGUUUCAGCAGCCACCACUGGGCGUGAUGCACCAGUUGAAGGAGCAGUUGGAGGAGAGGACUCGAGUCUUGCAGGCUGACAUUAAGACCCAACAACAAGGACUACACCAUAUCAAGGAACAGCUGCAACUCCUCCAGAUGUUGUUGCAGAAGCCGGUUCCUCAGGGCUACAGCCAGGUCCAGCAGCAGCAGCAGCAGCAGCAGCCUCAGCCGGGCCCGAGCAGACCAGUGCAGCAGUCCCAUUCCGGGGCCGUCCGGCAGGGGUCCGGUCAGGGGCAGGAGCAUCUGUGUAGCCCCCAUGGCUCCUCGCCCCUCUCUCUCAGCGCACCCUCUGCUCAGGUGCAGCAGCGGUCUGUGCGGAAUGUCCAGAUGCAAGUGAGCAACCUGCCAAUGCAGACCCACCCCGGCCUCACCACGCCCCUGUACAGCAGCUCCAUGACCUUCCCCCAGACCUGCGCCCUCCCCCCACAUCGCCCCACCAACCAGGACAUCAGCCAAAGACACCCGGACCCCAACUUCAGCCAGGAGGGUCAGCUACGCAUGCUGCUGAACCAGCCAAUCCAGCCCCUGGUGCCAGAGAGCAGUGUGAAUUCACAGGUCUCGCAGUGCGGCACGGCGUUACAGCAAACCAAAUACGCGGUGGAGCAGCAGGCGAUGGCGGCUACGCUCCCCCAGCUCAACUGCAGCGCUCUCAUUGUCCCUCCUCUCAUGAUCUCCCACAACGGCUUCAUCGCCCCCCAAACACAGCCGUCCCAGUCCCCCCAGCACCUGCUCCAGCUGCAGCAGCACCAGCACUACUUUCAGCAGAUGCAGGCUCCGGGGCUGCAGACCCAAGCUCUCUUUCAUGCCGCUCAAGUCCCGCAGCAAAGCACCAUGGGAUACAUCCAGCAGCAACCGCAGCAGCAGCAGCACCGGCAUUCACAAAAUCAGACUGGCAGCCUCUCAAACAUGCAGCCCCCACGGUAGCGCUCCCUCCCCACUCAGGGUCCUGAGAAGCAGCGGGAAGCCGCUCUGUGACUGCAUAGCCCAGCGGCAGGAUGCAAAGGGAUGCCCGGUGCGUGGCGCAUUUCGCUCACCACAGCAAACCCCUCCGGAAAUAAUUUAGAACCUGUCAGGAGUGGCCUUACUUUGGAUAAGGUACAUGCUGUCUUUUUUUCUAUUGUUUUAUUUUUUUUUAAACAGAAACAAGUGUAUUUUUGCACUUGAUUUUGCGUGUUUGUGUGUGGAGGCAGGCAGGUGCAUCCUGGACAGAGGGGAGUGGGGACCUUUGACCUGGGAGCCUGAGUGGAAGUGUGGAACUGCUUCCUGAGGUCACCUCUGUACCUAUGACGAAGGCCACACCAAGUCACUUGCAUUCCUGAAGGCUACCACCUCAAAGUAAAGAAAAAAAAGUAAAAAGAGAAACAAGCAGGAAAACACACUGGGGUUAUGCUAGGCAUGCUGGGUAUUUUUUGGAGAUUAGCAUGAUCAGAUGCUGUGUUGUAACAUUACAGCAAAGAUUAACCAUAGAUAUUCUGCCAGGGAGCCCCCCCC